AAGAAGAAGAAGAAGACGAAGACGGUUAGAUACGUGACGUCAUGGCCAAGAUGGCAACCUCCAUGGUGGAGACCGGAGAAGAUGCAUUUAGAAAAAUAUUCAAAUUGUACAAGCGCAGAAACCCUCCGCCGGAUUUCAGCGAUGUAAUUGAUUUCUCCAAAGGUGUGCCGAGCGACAAGAUAAUUCCAGCUAAACUGGACCCUGCUGCAGUGAGUGAUGUGGAGGCUGCCAGGGUUGGACUACAGCCUGUCAGAAACUGGAGAGCCUUUGGCUUGCAGGGCUACCAAGGGUUCAUCUUUAUAUCCAACCCUUUCCUGUUGGGUUCUCAGUCAUUCUGGGUCAGACAGUGUCUGAAGACUUACCCUCAGAAGCCCAAUGUCUGCAACCUGGACAUGCACAUGUCUCCCUCUGACACCCAGGACAUCUGGGGCAAGAGUGUACACAGCCUCAGUCUUCCUCCCUCUGGAAAGAGACAGCCUAAAACUCUACUGGAGAGGCUACGCUGGGUCACCCUGGGCUAUCAUUACAACUGGGAUACCAAAACUUACUCUGCAAACCAUUACUCUCCUUUUCCGGCUGAUCUCCACUCCCUGUCCUACCAAGUAACAACUGCCUGCGGCUUCUCAGGGUUCAAUGCAGAGGCUGGUAUCCUGAACUACUACAGAUCUGAUUCUUCUUUGGGGAUACAUGUGGAUGAAUCAGAACUAGAUCACAGUCAGCCGCUGCUGUCAUUCAGUUUUGGGCAGUCAGCCAUCUUCCUCUUGGGUGGCAUCCAUAGACAGGACCCCCCCACUGCCAUGUACAUGCACAGCGGGGACAUGAUGGUGAUGUCAGGACAGAGCCGCCUCCUUUACCAUGCAGUGCCAUGCAUCGUCCCAGCACCCCAGGGGCAAACAGCUUUAGAGAUAGAAGGCUGCAGUCAGGACUCUUCCCUGCUGAACAGCACUGUGGUAGUGCCGGUGUCGGGAGAGGACUGGGUGCUGUGCUCAAGGUACAUCCAGAGCUCCAGGGUGAAUGUGACUGUCAGACAGGUGCUGGGGCCAGGGCAGAGCUUCCCAGAAACACCCCCUCUUCACCAAAGGAAUGAUGCUAGAUGCUAGACAGAGGGGUACCAUGACAGAGGAGCAGAUGGAGAGAGUGGGAAGAGCAGUAGUAGCAGUGACUUGAUACUGUAGAGACAUGAAACAGGUCACAUGCUGUAACAGCUAGUCUGAAACAGGUACCUGCUGUAGAAUAUGCUGUCUUAGAGGGCAUUCAUACCAGGUAAAAAAAAAAAUCCUCCUUUGCAAGAAAGCCACUUCAGUCAGGUCUGCUCUCAAAUCUAAUGUGCAGAGUCAAACCAACAAUGCACUGAUCCUACUGAUGAGGAUUGUGUGCCUCCAAAGCCUGAUGUUUCUUCUAGAUAUCUACUUUGUGCUACAUCGUAAAUUUCUCAAAGAACUUCAGUACAUAGUUAGUCUUUAAGGUCAAAAUACUGGUGUUUGGUUUUCAGGGUGUUUACAACCUUACUGCUUAUAUUCUCAAUAUGACUAAGCAUUUUUUUUAUAUUGUCCCCAAACAUAUGCAAGUUAAAUGUUGACUGUCCACCCAGUCAGGUGACUUCUGUCCAACUCAUUAUCAGUUUCACUGCUGAAGACUAGACUGAAUGAAAAAGCCCUACAACAAACAAGAAAAGAAGAUUGCUGCCUGUGGGUCAGAGACUUCACCUAGUCAUUAAUUACAAAGAAUUUGCUUCCAAAUAUUUAAUAUGAUUAAGUUAGUAGAAUUGGAAGACUUUGUAUAUAAAGAGCUAUGUUUGUACUCAAAUCUGGAAAUCCAAAUUCAGAGUGCUAGAGUGCAAAGUUAACAUGACAAUAAAGUCACAAACCAAAUACAGUACUUAGACUACACCGUUCUACGGUCAGGGAAAAGGUGGUCUCUAUGAAAAGUAUUUUUCUACAUGUAAAGAAACAUAAAUUUCAAAAGUUGAGGUUAAAAUUGGUUUCUGUAAAGGAAUGUUUAAGUUUCUACAUACAUUAUUGUUGCUAAAAUAUUUUUUGAGGAUACAGAUGCAUUCAAGUUUAUACUAGAGAUAUCAACAUGGAGCCUGCUGUGUGAAUGCUAACAGAUAAAAUUCUCUGUAUGGCAGUGUGAUAUGAGUGGAAUACUGUGUUUGAAGUGUGAAUAAAAUGUUUUAUGUCCUCUUCAA